CACGAAUGUCUAUCAUAGGACCAUUGACGUUUUUCACACGGAUAAAUUUAUUUCCAUGCUUGUGUAGCUAAACUUAUUUCUCGGAACUUUAUUCGCAUACAUCUCCAAGUAUUUUAAAGUGGUUAGAGAAUGAAAAGUGGCUUGGAAUAUUUUGCAAUCUUUUUGUACAUUAUGGUGAAUAUUCUGAAUAAACAUCAAUAUCAAGCAGUACGUUGUUACGUAUGUGACUAUUGUCCGAUAGUAACGAGUGAAUCAAUAACAAACAAUUGUACAUCUUGCGUGGUCUAAUAAGUUACAUGAAUUUUUGAUCGACUACUAUUUACAUGUCGAAUGAAAUGACAAUUUGUAGUUAUUUUUUGUGUAGACUUAAUAUAAUGUAUUUUUAUCGUAGUUAUUGCUCUUCUUACAGUCGAAACGAUAAUUAGAUGAGUUGCUGUUUCUAACAAACAUAAGAAAUACAUUUAUUUAAUAAUUGUAUCGUACGUUAUUUCUUCAAUUUUGUCGGUAAGUUAUUUUGAUCCAUCUUAAUUUAUGUUCUUUUUCUUAUUAAUUUUCAGAUGGGUGGUAGUAAUUUUGGAAUUCACAGAAUAUGUUUGUUUAAUGAUACGAUACCCAUUAACUUCCCAAACGAAAAUCGAGAGAAUUGUCCUACUGACUUGUGUAAUGGGAAAACAGUUGAUAACACUGCACAACGUCCACUAGGGCCUAUAGCAAAACCAAUCAGUUGCUACACUUGUUUGAACUGUACAAAAAAUAACGAAAAGGUUAUUAGCGGUUGUGGUGGAUGUGUAACAACUCAUGGUUCUGGGGUUACUAGUAAAUUUUGUGGACCUACAUGUGAUAAAUUGGAACAUGAGUAUACAGUCGGUUGUUGCUCAACAGAUAAAUGUAAUGGAAUGACAAAAUUAUCUAUUCAUCGUCAUGUUAUUGUUGUUCUGUUUGUUUGCAUGGGAAUCAGUAAAUACAUUCUCUGAAUGACUAAUUCCAUAAUCUUCACUGAUUUAUGUAAUUGCUUCUAAUUUAUAUAUAUUUUGGUCAUUUUAAUUGAAAUGUAUUCAUUAUUAAACACCCUAACUUCUUGCAUAUACAUUCACACCACUAAUUCAUUGCUUUUUGAAAUAGUUCACUAUGUACUACAUUUAUCGUAAUAUUUGUAAUAAAUUUCUAUUUUGAACGU